GAAAUGCAAUACAAGUUCAACUGCUUACCAACUGGAACUAGUUCAUAAAUGAAUUACAGCUACCCAUCUCUAAAUUCUAUAUGAUUUUUAUUUCCCUCGACGGCGUCAGAUCGCUAAAUAUCCACACUGUAUAAUACUAAACAAAGACUAUAUAAACACAUCUCAAAAUAAAAAAAAAACAUGAGCGUGGAUGAUUUGGUUUGGGAUCGUGUGCAAGCCGUAUUGCAACGAGCGGCUUUAGUUUCUCUUUACGGCACCGGACCCCGUACAAUUGGACCGGAUUUGAAAGCACCACGACAGGAGGUUCGAAAGGAGCCAGCAUCCGUUUUGCCUGUGCCAACUGCAGUUGAGAAAGAGAACACAAAAACGAAAGCAAUUUCAGUUGAUUUCGUUGGCAAUUUUCCCGAUGUGAACGAGAUAAAUGCCAGCAUUGUGCGGCGAGAACUUGACCAGGAGUGCAGGCGAAGUGUGCAACAGCAACUGCAACAGAUCAAGGAACGGCAGCAGAGUGUGAUCCAUGAACGACAAGCGGCGCAGAAGCAGGCCGAACUACAGCAACAACAACUCGCCAGCAGCCGUGUGAGAAAAUGGGAGAGCGAUAAGCAUUUGCGGCAGCAGGCCGAGCAGCUGGCCAAAGCGGAGAUGGAGACACAGCAGCGGGCACAGGAGGCGCUGCUCAAGCAGAACAACCAGAAACUGCAUCUGCUCACAAUCGAGGGUGUUUCGCGUUAUCAUCAGAGAUUCUACAAGAAAUACGAGACCGUCACGAAGCUGCUCCUCUCACUGGACAAGGACACGGUGCAAGCAUGCAGCGCCCAAAAUGCAGAGUUGCGUGAUUUGGUGCAACUGUUUGAUCAGCUGGUGGCUAAGAUUAAAAAUGCCAACUGUGAGCCACCCGAAUUGGAUUGUGUGUUCAAAGCGGAGAAAUAUUGCCAGAGUUUGGAUAGAGUCAAAGAGAAUCUGCACAAGCAGCUGUCGGAGCAGGAACAACAGUUGCUGAACAAGGCCAAACAGCUCGCCGAGGAGACGGAAAAGCAGCGCAUUCUCGAAGCCAAGGAGCAACAGAAACAGCAGCAGCAGCAGCAACAACAGGAACUGGAGGCGGCACAGCGGAAAGCAACCGCUGAUGCAGCUGCUGCAGCUGCAACUGCAGCGGCAGCAGCGACUGCGGCACAAGAAGUGGCAAAUGCUCAGGCGGCGCCACAAGUAAAAACAGCAGCUACUGGCAGCACUAUCUCGCACAGCUAUGUGCAUCCCACGCGCCUGGCCUUCUAUAACGAGAUCAUUGCGCUCUACCAGGGCAAGGUGGAUGCAGUGAAGCCCCUGCAAACGGACGAGGCAUGGAAAAAGUAUCGCACCAACUGCCAGCGCACGAUCAACGUGCCACUGAAUGCCAUAACAGCGGCCAGUGCCCAACAUCUGACGACCAAUUUUGAUAAGUUAUACAAUUUUUUUGCCGGACAGCCGGUGAGGACAACGGACGGAACAACGAUUACGAUCAAUGAUCAUCCACUCGCGCGAGACUAUUGCAUUCUACUGAUGGCCAAGAAGUUCGUUAGCCAAACGGACACAGCCAUAUCGAGUAAUCCUCAGGCAGCGUUUCCAUUUGCCUCGGUGAUUGUUACGUUUUGGAGACUGUUGCCAGACUUUGGCAAGAUCUUCUUGGCCUACAUGUACAAGGAGUCGCCGUAUCUGGUGCCGUACGUAAUACCCCAGCAGUCGGGACAGACGCCCGAGCAAUAUCUGAAGACAAUGGGCUAUCGUCUAUCCGAGAAUAAUGAGCUGGAAAAGCCGGAUAUGUUUCUCAAGCGCCAGACGGGAAUUGCCCGACUCUAUGCGGCAGUUAUCAUCACGCCUGGUCGCAAAGCGGAUGGAUCCGCACACUGCUUUGGCUUGGAGGAGGCCUGGUGUUGGCUGACGCACAUAAUGAAUGUAACGCCGCUGCCCGACAUCUGUGCCACCAUGAUCAUGGAGAUGCUCCAAACCCUCGGCUUCGAGCUGUGGCGCGCCUAUGGCCGAAACUUCUUGAAACUCUUAUUGUACAUCCAGACAAUCUAUAUGCCGCAACUGACGGCCUACGAUGAGGGCGGUCCCAAGACGCGUCUCGAAAUGUUGCUCUCGAAAUUUUUACGUGAACGCCAAAUUCCACAGGCUGUGGGUGUACUGCCUCCUAACUUUUGGUAGCUGCAUUGCUAUCACUUUUUGUUUAAAUAUUAUAUUUAGAAUUAUUUGAUUAGUUCUAUUGCAUGCACAAAUUACUGUUAAAUAAAUUUAUGUACAACAAAGAACUGCACAAUACCUAAGAAUGUCAGCUGAUCGCCAUGAAAAAUGUCUAG